CGUGUACCUAGGUUGAUGAGCGAUCCUCACAAAACCAUGGCGCCUAUCACGAUACCAGACAUCACGGCGUUGCCUCGCCUCACAACGAAAGAGCAGACAGAGGUCCUCGAUCUCCUUUUCGAGCCGUCCCCCGCCCUGCACGCCCUCCUCGUCCCCGCGCUAUCCACAACGACAUAUCAGUCGUACGACGAGCUCGUCAACAUCGCUCACUCGAUUCUGUCGGACCUCGCCUCGGCUUCUCAGACAGCCCCCGAGCAGCGUGCCGCUCUCCACGCCAUUCUCGGCUCUCACCCCCGCCUCGGUGCGAAAAAGGUCGACAGCGCCCAGUCGGUGGCGGAGCAGGCGAAGCUCCAGGGCAGCGAGGCAGAGGCCGCCCAGCUCGCCGCGCUGAAUGCCGAGUACGAGGACAAGUUCCCGGGGCUGCGUUACGUCGUCUUCGUCAACGGACGCGGCCGGCCUGCGAUCAUGCAAGACAUGAGGCGGCGCAUCGACCGCGGGGACAUUACGCUCGAGGAGCAGGCGGCCCUACAGGCCAUGUGUGACAUUGCCAAGGACCGCGCCGCUAAGCUUUCGGCAGCCGCGUGA